UAACCAAACCCUAGAAGGAAAUACUUAUACGUCAUUUAGAAAUUCCUUGGAGUAAUUAAGUUCUAUUCCUUUUCUCCCGUAAGCAUCCGUUGGUCCUUGUUCUUGCUUUCGGAAAUUUUCAUCUCAUCGAAUUCAUCGCAUUUAAGAACAAAAAUCUGGUAUGUUAGAAUUUCCCUUUCAUGGCAUCCUUUCUUCUUAUUUUUCAAUUGGCACACAUUAGUAAUGGUUUUGUCAAUUCAGUUGCUUUUGCUAGAGAUUGGCGUGACUGAAAAGUUUUCAGCCAAAAUGGUUUUGUUUUAGUUAAACAAAUUAGGUCGAUUCGAGUUUAAGUGGAUUUUUUGGUAUUUGAGUAAUUUAAAUAAGUUAUAAUCUGAAUGGCUUGGAAUCUAGUAACUUCCUUCAUAAAUCAGAAGAACCAUAUGCAUCAACGUUGUAAGAAUGCUUUGUAACAAAAAAAAAACGAUUCUUUAUGUGCAAGACUGCUACUGCGGUUUCACUUCGAUUUCAGAGAAAGAAUUAUUACUUCUUAAUUCUUAUGUGUUAAACUAUAUAAUCCCUUGAAAAAAAAAAAAAAUUAUUCAAAGCAUCUGAAGUGAAUUUUAUUGAAUACGAUUAGGCUAAUCGGAUUAGCUAAUGUACGAAGUAUUAAACCAUUUUUCAAAUUUGAGUUCAAAAUUUUUAAACCUUCUAGUAUGCCUUGUUUAAUCAAAAUUCAUAAAUCUUGAACUCUAAUUUAAGGCGUAGUGAGCUCCAAUUAUACCCGUUUUUACUACGGUUGAUUUCCUCAAUUGAUUUAAGUUUAGCAAGGUCAACUAAAUUUUUCCUUCUGGUUAGUAUGUCUGGUAGAAAUUAAAGCCUUAGUCGUAUAACCAACUUUCGCACCCUGGCAUACUCUUAUUUUAUAAUUACAUUUAAUUAAAGAUUAUAAAGGAAGAGCUUACCAGAAGACGUUAUCAAGGUGUCACACUUAUCUGAGUAUUUUGAGUUCAGCUUCUUACAGAUACUAAGGGUAAGGCCAAGGCCUAGGAAGAUGACGAGGGAGUGGAACGCGUGCCAAGAUGAGUUAACGGGAACGACCUUGGUGGCUUCUAGCUAGAUAAUAUUUGGUUUCAGUAUUUCAGUUUUAUAAUAAAGUGACUUAUAUUACUUUAUUUUUUUUUAUUUGAGGAUUGAAGUUUUAGCAAAUUCCUGGAUCCAGGUGGUUAUCACAUGUGCUGGUGAUAACUAUAUUUUAUUGAGUUUUUAUCAAGAGUUAUACUUUAAUUAUAUUUGAGAUUUUAUCAGGGCUAUUUUCUUAAAUAGACGGCCGUUAAUUGUAGUUGUUUUUAAAAGUAGUAAGUUAGUGUAACGAUUCCUUUAACCCUGAGAGGGGCGUUACAAAAUCGUUUUCUUAAUGAUUUGAAAAGUAAUGAUCAGUCCUCAGGCAUUCUGCAAUCCAUAACUAAUGGACUUGCACAACUAUGGCUAACACUGCCUGGAAGUCCAAAGAACAGUCCUCCCGUCCUCCCGUCCGAGGUGCUGUGGAAGAAGGCUUCGUUGGUUUUCAGGUGGAAACCGAUUCGGCUAUGGUGAUGGGAAUGUUUAACGAUGGGGAGGUUAGACGCUGGUCUGAUAUUAUUCAGGAAACUACGCUGUUUGUGGAAAGGAAUGGGCUGCGGCUUGGUCAUGUUUUGAGAAAGGGGAAUUGGUCGGCCCAUUUUUUAGCUUCUGAUCAUUCGGGCCUAUUUAAAAGAUAUUCAAGCCCAAAUUCACUUCCCAUUCGGGCCAGAAGGGCUUUCUUUAUGGAUAAAUUUAGCAUCCCUUCUAUUAGAUUUUAAUCUUUUUAAGUUUUUCUUUCGUUUACAAUUGGGUUAGGUAUAGCCCCCCCCAAUUGUUGUUUUAUUAUUUCUGAUUUGUUGUGGUGUAAAUUGUGCUGUUUUAAUAAAAUAAUGGCAUCUGACUCCCGGCAUUUGCCCCACUGAUUUUGGUGGUUUGCCUUCCG